AUGCCCACACGGUCAGAUGCGGAGGGCGCCUCUUGGACUGUCCCCCAGCUGGUAGAUGCCCUCAAGUCAUAUCGGAGUGACAUGAGGGCGGAUUAUGCCGAGUUGGCUCGCCUGACCAUCAAGACGACAAGACGCACUGCGCGCCGGUUUCAGGUCCAAGGAGACAUCUUUGCCGACCUGCCUUCUAGCUCGACCGCUCCUGGACCCGGAACCUGGAAAAUCAGGUCCAAGGAUCCUUCUGGGCGGGUGAGAGAGGAGCAUUUCUCGCCUACGCCAAUCAAGACGAACAAGCUGCCUGUACCUCGGUAUUUCAACCACCACAUCGAGGUUGAGGGCAACGUCGUCGCCCCGCAGACCUCCAUGGCCUUCUACCCUCACAAGGGCGACCUGGACAGCCCCCGCAAGCAGAAAAAGUGGAAGGGAUUCAUCAAGGAGCUGGACAAGUCCGAGAUCCGCUCUGGCCUAGACGCCAUCAAGAUUGACCAGAAGCGCACAUAUGUCAUCCACUACGACCGGAUCGUCGAGGUAUCCCGAUACCUCGACACCUGGCUCGAGAACCUGCAGAUCCCCGGGCUCGACAAGUGGGCCCUGGUCAAGUACCUCGUCGACAAGAACCGCGGAAAGGUCAUCUCGGCGGAUUCCAGGUCGAGGAUAUUGGCGUGGCGCUCCAUUGCGGAGAGCAGCCCUGUGGCCGAGAGAGGCGCCGAAAUGUUCGCAGAGGCGUGGAAGAUGGUCUUUAAGGAAGUGAAGACUAACCAUGGCGUGACCAUCCCUGAGAUAGACCUGUUCGAUGUCUUCCAGCUCGACGAGGACAUCCUCGCUUGCGCAGACUCCCAGAGCUCGGAAGACAAGAAUGCCGCCGAAGACAUAGGGAAGAAUACCUUUGAGGACCUGGAGUCCAAGAUGAGCACGUACUCCUCCCUAGGCUGCCUCAUCUGCUUCAAGCACUCGUGCGAGCACGGCUUCUACACCGACGACAACCAGAGGGAGAGAUUCUCGCUCGACAAGGGCUCGAUCGUACGUCGGCUUGCCGAGAAGCAGAGGCAGAUGGGAUCCAUGGGAUCCAAGGGGCACGAGAGCCGGACGGACGGCACCACCCCCUGCGCGCGCAAAUGCUACCACGAGAACUAUGUUCGGGAUUACGGGUCUCCUUCUUUCAGGAUGUGGACGGACAGGGAGCGACAAGUCAUCCGUGCCAUGUACCUGUCCUUUGAAACCACUCGAGUGGGCAUCGACCCUGUAUGCCAUGCGGCCAUCAUCCUGAACCGUGACUGCUGCGACGUCUACCGAGAGCAUCAGGCGAUCGGCACCCAGCUUCCGGAACCGAAACCAGCGCCCUGGGUCCCUCCAGAGGCCGGGGUGCCGAGCCUCGGAUGGUACAACCGCUACAAGAAGAAGCUAUCCAAGCGCCAUGGUGCCGACAAGUAUCACAGGCCCAACUGGGACCACAUCCGACGAGACAUCGAUAACGUCUGCUCUGUCCGCGGAUGCGACCACGACGGGCCCUGCACGCCCGAGAACCCGAACUGCCCCUGCGCCAGCAAAGGCCAGUUUUGCGAGAAGUUUUGCGGCUGCUCGACGUGCCAUUUCGACGAGGAGUGCAUCUGCAUCCAGCUGAACCGCGAGUGUGACCCGGACCUGUGCGGCUCGUGCGGGGCCGCGGAGCGCGCCGACCCGAAGAACGCAGAAGAUGACGAGCUGCACUCAAGAGGUUGCCAGAACUGCGCGCUACAGCGGGGCGUGGCCAAGCGCCUGGUCAUGGGGAGGAGCCAGUCCCACGGCUACGGGCUGUACGCGGCAGAGGACCUGCCCAAGGACUCGUUCGUCAUCGAGUACGUGGGCGAGCUGGUGUCGGGCGACGAGGGCGACCGGCGGUACAUUCGGCGGCAGAACCUCUUUGACGGCACCAAGGCGCUAUCUUUCAACUUCACCCUGCUCAAGGAGUGCGACGUCUGGAUCGACGGUGCGCGCUAUGGCAACCUGAGCAGGUACAUCAACCACGAGAAGGCCGGCGGCCAGCGGUGCAACAUCCUGCCGAGGAUCGUCCUGGUCAACGGGUGCUUCCGGAUCGAGCUGCGGGCCAAGCGCAACAUCAAGGCCUGGGAGGAGCUCUCGUUUGACUACGGAGAGGAUUUCGGCCUCGACAUCGGGGAGAAGCCGCGUGGUUCGAGGACGGGGCGCUCACGGAAGAAUGCCCGGAGGAAUGGCUCCCCGUCACGAGGAAGAGGUGCAAACUCGGACUCGGAGCCGGACGACGACGACGACGAGGAUGAGGACGAUGACGAUGAAGACGAGGUAGGCUCCGCGAUGGAGGAGGAGGAGGAAGAGGUGACACGUCCCUCGCGCAAGCGCAAGCGACCACUACGAGAGAUCUCAGACGAGGACGAGACAGAGAACCAACCGGCCCAGACCAAGGACAGGAGGAAGCGGACGGCGGACGGCCGAUUCGUCUCCAAGACGACCGGCACGGCUCAGGCGACGCACACGCAGGGCCGACAAGCCCGACGGGGCCGCGGCAGGGCGACGCGCAGCCGCAGCGGCGGCGUCUCCCGACGCGGGGGCACGUCGGCAACGGGCACCGGCAACAGCACUUCCCGACAAGGGUCGGAAGUUUCCGUCGGAAGCUCGGACAUGGCAGCAGCGCCCGUGGACCAGAUCAGGAAGAGGCAGAGGGUGUCUCGUAGGAUGGUGGCCGAGAUUGGCGACAGCGAAGACGAGGCAGAGGGGGAGGUGAACACGGACGAGGCUGACCAUGCCGGCAAGAAUGGCGGAGGAGCCGAAGCCGAGGCUGACGAAGAAGGGGGAAGGGGGGGGACGACGCCGCAGAAGAGGGAUCAGCCCAGCAGGACGAGGAGAAAGCCUGCCAAGCUUAAAGACUGUGAUCUGUGGACCCUCGAGCCAAAGGGGCAGUCGUGA